GUUAAAGAAAACAUUCAUCAAUUUGGCGGAGAUAGGGAUCAGAUCACCAUUUUUGGUGAGAGCGCCGGCAGUUGGUCCGUAUCCGUACAGCUAUUGUCUCCGUUAUCUAAAGGUCUAUUCAAGAGGGCUAUACUGGAGAGCGGCGCCCAUAUGUUCAAUAAAGACAGGGAUUUAAAGACAGCGCCGGAAGCGUUAACUGAAGCCAAACAAUUGGUCGCACAUUUAAAUUGUAGUCAAACACCGAUUGAAUGGUUAGAGUGUUUGAGACAAUUAGACGCCGACGAGAUAAAUGUUGACGCACUCAGCUCUGGCGUUACUGCGGCCACUCUCGGCACUGAAUACCUCCCGGUUUCCGCACACCAGGCCUUUCAGACCAAACAGUUUAACAAAGAUCUAGAUGUGUUGGCAGGUGUGGCCCAACACGAGGGCUCACUUAUAUUAUCGAUGAAUACUCCGGGAAUUCCGCAAAAUAUAAGCGAAAAACAGUUUCACGAUUACGCGCAGGGAUUUAACUCAAUCUUUCAUAACCUAAACGCCGACAAUAUUACA